GAUUGCAGUACAGGAUGAUCAAUCGAAUAAAAUGGCAGAAACAAACAGCCAGAUAGUUAAUGAGUUGAACGCUUUGAACGAUGUGGAAAUACAACUCCUAGAUGUAGAUGAUGUAGAUGAUUUGAAUACUGCAUAUCCUGUUGAACAAUUCGGUAUGAGUUGUAUGAACAUCUCAGAGAAUAAUGAACAAACAUAUGACGAGGGUAAUGUUUGGAAAAUCAAUCCACUUGAUAUCAUAGUUGAUUCAAAGAUUGUUUGUGGUGGUUUUAUUAAAAAAACUACUGACACAGCAGGUGAAAUAGUUAAUGACAUCAGAGAUUACCGUCAAUUAGAAGACUUGAAUGAUACGUUUCGUCUAUGUUCUUCAGUGUAAUCAAUAAAGAUUGAUCGGGGAUG